GCUAUUACCGCCGCACCCCCGCGUACCUGCCCCUGCGGCGGCGGGAGCGCCGCGGCUGCUUCGCGGUGCCGAUGGUGCACUCGACGUUCCUGCUGGAUCUGCGCCGGGAGCGCUCGGGGGCUCUCGCCUUCCACCCGCCCCCCCCCGGCUACGGCGGCGCCUUCGACGACAUCAUCGUGUUCGCCUUCGCCUGCCGGCACGCGGGGGUGCAGAUGUUCGUCAGUAACCGGGAGGUGUUCGGGUUCCUGCCAGUCCCGCUGCGCUCCCACAGCUCCCUGCGGGAUGAGGCCGACAACUUCCUGCACGUCCAGCUGGAGAUCAUGGUGAAGCUGCCUCCGGCCGAGCCCUCCCCCCACGUGUGGGUGCCCCCCAAGGUCCCCGACAAGAUGGGCUUUGAUGAGGUGAGUGUGGCAUUCCCUCGGGAUUUUGGGAUGGGAUCCCUCUUCCCUUUCGGAUUUGGGGUCAUUUUUCCCCCUUCCCUUCCGAAUUUUGGCUUGUUUUCCCACUUUUCUGCUGGAUGUUGCUCCCCUCCCCUUUGGAUUCCAGUUGGAUUACUGGAUUUUGGGUGAUUUUCCCACUUUUCCUCUGGAUUGGUUGAUCUUACCCCCUCCUCUGGAUUUCGGGUGGAUUAUCCCUCUCUCCUCUGGAUUUCGGGUGGAUUAUCCCACUCCCCUCCUGACUUUGGGUGGUUUAUCCCAUUCCCCUGUGGAUUCCGGGUGGAUUCUCCCAUUCCCAUUGGGAUUUGGGUGGAUAUUCCCAAAUUCCCCCUCUCCCAGGUGU